AAGAAAGAAAAAAAGAUUCCGUCUUUUUUUUUCCCCCACUUUUAAAAGGCCUAAGCGUUUCAGCAUUUGUUCUCUCUCGCACUUCCUUUUUCUACUUCACUCUCUUGAAAAAGGAAGAGAAGAAAAACUUGUUUGUUUUCUUCAAUCAGAACCGGGUUUCCUAGCGGUGCCCGUCUCAUCAGAUCGGAUCCGGUCUUUUUUUCAGGUGGUUUUUGAUCCACGCUCCUUAGGUCAAUUGGGUUUUCGAAUAUUUUAUCUGGUAUCUCGAUAAUGGCCGGUGAAAAGACUUUGGAGAAUCCUGAACCCAUCAAUGCGGUUCCGAAGUCUGAAGCUGUUCCCAAAUUGGUUGAGCAGGAUGCUAAUUCUGGAAAAAUUGGAAUGGCACCUGAUUUGACUUCCACAAUAUCUUCUUCACCAUAUGAAUCUUCUGGUGCAAAAGCUGAGAGUCAUCAAGACUUGGUUGGAGAACCUGGUUUCAAUCAAUCUACUAGCUUUGAAAAUUAUUACUACCCAGGUUAUGAUGGGUCAUUCACUCAAUCUGAUGAUAAGGGUUAUUUUCUUACGGAUGGUUCACUUACAGGUGUGCAAUCAGAAAAUGGGUCCUUGGUCUACUAUUUGCCUGGCUAUAACCCAUAUGCUACUGGGGCUCUAAUGGGUGUUGAUGGGCAAUGCCUUGGUCAACAACCAUAUUAUUCAUCAGGAUAUUUUCAGCCUCCUGUUUCCUAUGCAUCAGAAGCCAUGCCUUGUUACUCAUGGGAUUCAACAUAUGCUGGAGAUGUUUCAAAUGGAAUCCUUGAUGGUUUUGGAAAUGUAAAAUAUGGUUCUGGCUCUGCUUUUGCAAAGUCAAAUGGUUUCAACUCAACAAAAUCUAAUGGCCUUGGUACUAAACUAUCGAAAUCUACUUACGCUCAGCCUAACAAACCACUAAACAAGGGGCCUCAUUCAGGUUCUGAUCCAUCAGCAGGAUCUUAUAGGGGAUACUACCCAGGUGGAAGAUCUUCAUUUAACAACCAAAAGCAAGGUCUUUCCCAAUACAAUGGUCAUAUGAACUACAGACAGAAUGGGAGAGCAUGGAAUCAAAAUGAUAGGUAUAGGAAAUCCAACGUUGACUUUGAAACCUCUGCUGAACUAACUUGUGGUCCAAGGGCCUUAAACAGGGCUGCCCCUUUGGACUCUUCUGUUAAGAAGGAAGACCUGGGACUUAACUUAUAUAAAGAUAAAUACAACCUACAAGAUUUCCAAACUGAGUAUGAAAAUGCAAAGUUCUUUGUCAUUAAGUCCUACAGCGAGGAUGAUGUCCACAAAUCCAUGAAGUAUGACGUGUGGUCAAGUACUCCGAAUGGCAAUAGGAAGCUAGAUGCAGCAUUCCAUGAAGCUGAAACUAGAGAAAGUGAGACUGGCACAAAAUGUCCUGUCUUUCUUUUUUUCUCGGUUAACGGAAGUGGACAGUUUGUUGGCUUAGCUGAGAUGAUUGGCAAGGUGGACUUCAAUAAAGAUAUGGACUUCUGGCAACUGAACAAGUGGAAUGGUUUCUUCCCUGUUAAGUGGCAUGUUAUAAAAGACAUCCCUAACAAGGAGCUCUUCCACAUUAUCCUAGAAAACAAUGAGAACAAACCUGUAACUCAUAGUAGGGACACUCAAGAGAUUGGUCUCAAGCAAGGCUUAGAAAUGCUCAAGAUUUUUAAAGGCUAUUCAGAAAAAUCAUCAUUGUUACAUGACUUUGGAUUUUAUGAAAAUCGAGAGAAGACACUUGAUGCGAAAAAGAAUUACAAGCCUGCUACUCUAGAAUACAUGGAAGAUGAUUUGACUAAGCAAACAAAAGCAGGAGAGAGAGAAGUGGAAGAAGAGUUGAGGAGGACCAAGAAAACUGGAGAUGCAACAUCCAUCAUCAAUCUCACCAAAAAACUAUCCCUCAACGGCUGCAAUCGGAAGAGCGUCGCUGUGAAGAACCCAAUAGCAAGUACAUUUCCUACCGUCCCUGCACCAUAGCUUUUCAACUUUUUUAACUAGUUAAGAUGUGCGCCGGGGGUUUGGGGGUGGGGGGGGCUCUGUUUUUCAGCUUUUUGCUUUAAAAUUCUUUUUCUAUGUUGCCUUUUUUUUUUUUUUUUUUAAUCUGAGUUGGAUUUUUAGUUGACAAAGCAGUGAAUUUGAAUUAGCAUUUGCUGGAGUUUUUUUAAUUUCUGAAAUAGUUACAAUUGCUUUGGUUUACAUUUUCUGUUCCUUUAAACUGCUGAAUGAAGUAUAUUAAUAAAUAUGAAGAAUUACUAUCUGAUUAGAAGAA